AUGGCCUUUAGCAAUCUGACAUCAAAGGCUGUACUACUGUAUGAUGAAUGGAUUAAAGAUGCCGAUCCAAGACUGGAAGGCUGGCCACUCAUGUCUUCACCUUUUCCAACAACGUUUAUCAUUGGAACCUACAUUUAUUUUGUCACUUCCUUGGGACCCAAACUCAUGGAAAAUAAAAAACCUUUUGAACUUAGGCAGAUAAUGGCGCUUUAUAAUUUUAGUGUGGUAACCCUCUCCUCUGCAAUUCUCAAAAAAACUAUGAUUCUGAUUUUUCUUAUGUCGGGUUGGGCCACAGGGUACUCAUUCCGGUGCGAUAUCGUUGACUACUCGAGGUCACCUACAGCUCUAAGAAUGGUACGAACUUGUUGGCUUUACUACUUUUCCAAGUUCAUUGAAUUAUUAGACACUAUAUUUUUUGUGCUGCGUAAGAAAAACAACCAAGUUACAUUUCUGCAUGUCUUUCAUCAUUCCAUCAUGCCAUGGACCUGGUGGUUUGGAGUCAAAUUUGCUGCAGGUGGUUUAGGAACAUUUCAUGCUUUGCUGAACUGUAUUGUCCAUGUUGUCAUGUACACUUAUUAUGGAAUCUGUUCUUUGGGACCAGCCUAUCAUAAAUAUUUGUGGUGGAAAAAAUACAUGACAACUAUACAACUUGUCCAGUUUAUUAUGAUUACAGGCCAUAUAGGACAAAUCUACAUCAUGGAUGAUUGUCCGUACCAGUAUCCAAUUUUCAUGUUUAUUAUUUGGCUAUAUGGUUCUAUGUUUUUAGUCUUGUUUCUCCACUUCUGGUACCACGCUUACACGAAGGGACAAAGACUACCAAAGAUGGCCAAAAAUGGGAUCAGCAAAGAUCAGUGA